AUGACAGAACGUGCUACGAAAUCUGGUUUGGCGUUAGAAGCGCAGCGUAAAAUACGUGAAAAAUAUGAUAGUGAAUUGGCUGGACAACUUCUUGAAUGGGUUGCCCAGCUCACCGGCAAAAGUUUUUCAACCGAUGGCGAUGUUAAAAAUUUUUUGGGGGUCUUCAAAGAUGGUACGGCAUUGUGCAGCCUUGCAAAUGCCUUACAGCCAGGUUCAGUGAAGAAGAUUAACACUAGUGCAAUGGCUUUCAAACAAAUGGAAAAUAUUUCAUUCUUUUUAUCGUUCGCCGAGAAACAUAUAGCUAAGUCAGAACUUUUCCAAACAGUUGAUCUAUUCGAAGGUCAGGAUCCAAAUGCAGUUGUUGUUUGCCUUUCAUCAUUGGCCAGAAAAUCUGAGGAACUGUUUGGAAAGCCUGGAUUAGGCCCAAAAUUUUAUAUAAUGCAAAAUGCAGGUGCAGACUCAUCGCAUUUAAGCACUUCUUUUUUACAUGGAGUGCAAUCAAUGACAGUUUUAGCAUACAUGAAACUCAACUUGAAUGUUUCAUCAGCUGAGGCAAAAGGGGAGAAACGUGAAUGGUCGGAAGAAAAGCUUCGAGCUGGCGAAACGAUUAUUGGACUUCAGAUGGGUUCAAACAAAGGUGCGAAUGCAUCCGGUAUCAACAUGGGUAACACACGUCAUAUAUAA